AUGGCGCAUUGCUGGCGUAAUUUAACUUUGGUUAGUAAUGUCUGGGAAGCAGCACCAAGAUCCUUGUUCUGUGCCCAGAACAGACUUAACGUAUUACAGGAGGUGCGUUUUGAAUAUAUUUCCUUUCAGGCCAAUUAUCGUGCAUACUCAAAUCCUGGUACACAAGUAGGGCCCAGUACAACUAUUUUGGCGCUGUUUCACAGACGGACUUAACUGGAGCUUAGUUCCAUGGGUGGCACAGACUAUGUCUUAGCAUGAACAUUACAGUAUUCAUGUUUUACUUAUGAUAGGAUUACAUGCAAACAGUAAAUAUGUGACAAGUUUUACUUUUUUCCCAGGAAGUGAUCAAUACUGCUUGUCAAAGAUUUCUUAAAAGAAAGCGACCAAGCAGUGGAAAAUGGUAUGAAAGUCCAUAAUAAUGUGUAUGUUACAGGUGAAAUUUUAUGUCAUGUAAACUUUUUUAACCUAGUUGGAUUCUCAAUUUCUUUUGUCUCCUUGGGCUAGGAGAUAGAGAAAACUGAGAAUCAUCCUAGAUAAAAUUGAAAUUAACCUGAAAUACAAUUGGACCUGCCAAUAAUAUUAAAUUAUAUUUUUUUAAGCUGAAAAUUGUAUCAUUAUCCAUACCUGGAUGAGAUGCUAGUCCAAGGCCUAGCAUUUGCAUCUGCAUCCUUUUGUAGGUACCAAAUACUUUAAUGUUUUGAUGUUCUAUACUGUUACUAAGCAAUUGUUUAUUGUGGCUCACUACAGAUCCUUGAGAGGAGAGCCGGUUUGUGUCCCAAUCUUUUGAUAGUUUUCAGAAUCCCACAACUGGGCUUCAAUCAGCACUGGGCUUGUUUAUAAAAUGUUUACAUCUUGUCGUGGUUGAAGUCAUGCAAGAUUAUUUUGCAAAACCAGAAAACAAUUAUGCAUCCCUAGAGUUUUUAAGUUGAACCCGUUUUCACUGGUGUGGGUCACUGUUAAAAAAAAUAUCUUUAAUUAUCUUUAAAAAUUUAUCUUUAUUGUUUACAGUAUAAAAGAGACUUACUGUUGUUUGUCAUAUAUUCAAGACUGAAAAAAUCAUGACUGCAAACUAAAUAGUAAAAAUAUGUGUCAUCCUUGUGUUUUUACUCUGACUAAUAUUAUUUUCCAGGCAAUCUUUGGAAGAGCGACUUCUAGAUUGUUACAUUGAAUCAUAUGAGGGUGCUCCCAAAGAUAAGGUUUGUUUCUUUGUUGUUGUUGCUAAUUAUUAAUAUUAUCCUUAUUAAGCCAAUGACACACAGUUCAAUGCCAUUCAACUGACAACAUCUUCUUCAGGCUCAAGAAACCUUGAGUGCAUGACUUUGUUGUUCAAUAAGUUGCAACAUGUGAAAUGGCCUAUUUCUGAAUUCAGUGUGGCAUGAAGUUUUCAAUAUUUGUUAUUCAACGUUUGUUGAACAAGGGCUGUGGGGCUUGAAUUAUCUGGGUAACCAUUAGUGGUGGGUCACAUCUUCCUGUCUUGAAAUAAACCUUUGCUUGGACACAACCCAUUUUUGCCUGAUGGUCACUAAAACAGCAGCAGGAUUAGUUUUUGAAAAAAAAUGAUCCUUAUUAUGAUGAUGUUAUGUCCAUUUGUCUAAUAAAAAGGACCGUAGAGUAGGGAAUUGUCUCUACUCUAAGUGUUCGUGCUGUAAUUAUAGAGAGUUUCUGCUUAAAACUUCAAUUUCUUGGUGUCAACUCAUGAUUAUGUAACUCUGAUCUCUUUCUGUUCACAGCGUUUCUGUCAUGGUGUAAGGUUGCUAGAGAAAGUUGUUCUUCAAGACAAUCUCUCAACACUUGUUGUAAACUUAUACCCAAGAAAUGAAGGCUACUCCCUGAUGCUUAAAGGCAAGAUUAGUAUUCCCACUGCCUUAUCUGUCAAGGGCCAAAGAUUCAUAGUCUUUAGUAGCUGGCAAAUUUUUUCCAUAGAAGUACCAACAUAAGAUUCCCAUAGGCUUUCUAGUCAUGAAGAAAAAGCUUAUGGAUAAAUUCCCUUUGAUUUCUAAAAUGUGAGAUUUCAAGAAAAGCACCAGAUGAGUAUGAUCACCCACAUUAACUGUUUCAUUUUUUCAUCUUUUGGCUUGAGUCUUACUAUUUACUUUACAAAUUUUUUGAACCAGUCACAUAUAGAUCUAAAGAAAUCUUCCACGAUAUUUAGAAGAGGAAGUCCUCUACAACAUAUCUUGCUUGUAUUCUGAGGAGAAAAAUAACAGCUUUUGUCUCAAAAAAUUUGUGUCCAUUUCAGAUCUGUAGUAGAACUAAAUUCUUCCAUCAGUUCCUGUGAAAUUUUUUUUCUCAUCUAUUUUUUUUCUCACAAUAAUCUCUCACUGAUUUUCAAUAAUUAUUAUUUCAACAGAUUCUGAAACUGUGCGACUUCCUUAUGAGGUAAAUGAGUUUUACAGUUUUUGCUGGUUUUGCAAGAUUGGUUGAGAUGACUGCAGCUACUGUCAGUGUAACUUACAUUGGUCGCACUGCAUGUUCAUUCUUCACUAACUGUGUGUCUACAUGUACCAUCGAAUGUACGCUGUGGAAUAAGUGGAAUAAAAAAGGCCUACAUUUUAUCUUUUCUAAAGAAGGAGAUGAAUGUAGUUCUAAGUCAAAAAACACAUUAACUCUACAAAUGUAGGUCACAAAGUUCCCUGGAACCCCAUCAUUAGUGGUCUCCUGAGUUAUACAGUCACCUUGUUCCAUAUUACAGCUACUGUGAUUCGUCCUGACAAAUUUUCUGAAAAAAAAAAUCCUCUGAAUGCAGCCACCCAGCUAUAAUGUUAACCCAUUCACCUUAGGAGAUGUGCCUGAAUUAAAGAGUAACAUUUACUGUUUACUGUUGUCCCUUUCUGGCCAGAAAGAAAGUCAAGAAUCAAUGUUCUCUUAACUUUCCUGUAAACUUCUUUUGCUUUUCUUUGUCACCUUUUUUUCUUUUAAAUAUUAACAUCUCCUAAAGGAGUCUGCAGUGCUAGUAAUUUUAUUUGUAUGGGUCAAAGUUUUUAUAAGCUGGUGAUCAGCCAUAGCAGAUAAUAUUAUUGAUACAAGAAUAUUGUCUCGCUUGCUUGAGAUGUAAAUUCAUUACAAGAUCGACAAUGUUGUUUUGAUUGAUUCCAUUCUAAACAGGAGACUGAAUUUCUGGAUUAUCUUGAUGCACAGGAGGUAAUCACACUAAAUGAUGGUGUAUUAUGUAUAUCAUCACUUAAUUUUUAUGAUGCAAUUCUCCAAUGUACUUUUUUGAAGGAUAAGCAAUCUUUCUUUUGCAAAUAAGGGUUCACAGCUGAAGGUCCAGCUUAAUAAUGAAUACGAGUGUGUUUUACAAAAUAAACUGUCUUUCACAAGAGGCACACUUCUCGCACCUGACAGUUGAAUUUUUCUACUUAGCUGUCAGGCCUACGAAAUGUGCUAAAUCAACUCAUUUUUGACUAUUUGAUCUUCUUAACAACCAUUUUAAGAAGUAUUUGAUGUCUCUUUGGAACAGUGUUUCUACUUGAAGAUUAUGAUAUAUAUAUAUAGCAAAAGUUUUGUAUAAAAAAACUAAAAUAAUAUUGAUGUCCCUUUAAUAAUAUUUCCUUUUCUUAGCUCCCUCCAGUCCUGGUUGAUCUUUUAGAAAAAUCCCAGGUGAGUUACAGUUCUUAUUUUACUCUGACUUGACUUAAAUGUUUCUCUAUCAGUAUUACAUGUAGAAGUAAGCUGCAAACAACUGUAAAUUAUAUUCAGAUUUUUAUCUGGAUAAUAUGACAGAUGGAAUUAUUUUGCUGUUCUUACGUACAACGUACAAUGUUCUGGAGAACCCUAAAACGUUUUUAUUAUUGUUUUUUUUGCUAUAAGUGACAUUUCCAUUGCAAGAUUUUGUGUUUUCACCUUUAAUAUUUUAUUAAUUUUCUUUUAAUGCUCUUCAAGGCCAACAUAUUUUACAGUGGCUGUGUUAUUGUUGAAGUGAGAGACUACCGUCACAGCCCUGCAGGACAUUCUUAUGAAAGCAGUUAUGUGUUACUUCGGCCUACAUAUCAGGUAUUAAAAUAAUCCUGUGGUAUUUUGCCGCCCACCCAAGAAAGGCGUGUAAUUACAUUCAUAUUAUUAUUGCUUGUCCUCUCCAUGGUAAUCUACUGUAAUGUAAUAAAUGCCAAUUCUGUGGCUCAAUAUCAGUGAAUUAAAUUUUGUAUUUUUGUAAAACCAAGAACUGUUAAUGAAAAUUUUCCAACUCAAACAGUUCAUUGGGAAAUUUUGUUUAAAUUCACAAUAUUUUAUUUUAUUUGCAAGACCAUUGUUAUUUCUAAUACAUGUACUAGUUUUUUAAUAUUAACUUGCUCAAACAUUGUGUAAGGCUGUGUUUUCAGUGUUAAGUACCACCAUUAUGCAUUGACUUUAAGUUGUCAUUAGUUUUUAGACUAGUAAGGACUGAACUUGAAAAUGAUCAAAUACAGGUGUCUUAAGUAGCAUCUUUCAAUUUUACAUCAAGAAACUCAAGUUUCACCAGCACCAUUUUGUUUAUUCCCAGACACUUUUAUGUGACAUCAAUGCAAUGACAAGAGAAUCACCUCACUGGACACAGGAGACUAAAUUGCAUCUGGAAUCACAACUGCUGUUGGCAACAGAAGGACCAUUGUGUCUUGAUCCCUCAAUAGAAGUCGCACAAGUGGCUAACCAGCUUCAGUUUAAUAAAAACAAGUUUAAUACCCGUGGUAUAAGAAGGUAUAUUAUCAUUUAACUUCCUACCUCCAUCAUAUGCUAUGGUUGUAAAAGCUACAAUCCUGGACAAAACUACUUGAGAAAAUGUUUUCAUUAAUGCGCACUACCUAACGCAACAAAACUAUUUCCAAAUCAACUGCUUUGUGUAAAGAAAACCCCCUCCUCCAGUUCAAAGUUGCUUCCUACAAACGCUUAGGGAUCCGGCUUUCUUUCGAAGACCCAACAUCACUGCUUCCAAGGGGAGGGGGGGAGGGAAGAAUCGGUCGGCUACGAAGUUUAGAAAAAAUGCCCCCCAAGAAUGCAAUUUUCUCAACAGUUUUGUCCAAGAUUGUCGCAAAGAUUAGGUCGUAAACAACGGUGCUUCUGCUUAUGUUAGGAGCUCUCUGACCACGGACUUUUUUUUGUCUUUAGUUCACACAUUGUGACUAAAUACAUAAAUGGGACAUAUCUAUGGGUCAGUUUCUCUGUUGGAAUGCUUUUCAGUCUUGUGCAGGGUCAAUCCUAAAAAGCUAAAAAAUAACAAGGAAGCUUGUCAGUCUACAGCAGGUAAUAGUGCUACAUUGAUACAACGAGGGAUGAGUGUUUUGAAGCCCUGCUAGCUCUACCCCUGGUUUAACUUUUUAAGCCCCAAUAUCCAAAUACAAAUUCUCCAAACUAACCUCCAUACAUUUCUUUAAAGAAUGUGUUGAGAGAAUUUUAUAAAAGAUCAAUGCAAUUCCACUUUGGUGACCAUUUUAUCAAUUCUCAUAACCAUAUCUCUUGAAAGUGUAUGAAUAUCGUUAGGAGAAAAUUGAUGUUGGUCACCAUUGGGACUUAAAGGGUUAACUGCCGCCUGGUUAGCUCAGUUGGGAGAGCGCCGGUCUACUGAGCGGGAGGUCGCGGGUUCAAACCCCGGCCGGACCAACACUCAGGGUCUUUAAAUAACUGAGGAGAAAGUGCUGCCUUUGUAAUAAUAUCUGCAAACGGCUAGACUUUCUAGUCUUCUCGGAUAAGGACGAUAAACCGUAGGCCCCGUCUCACAAGCCCUUACACAUGUAUUAAAUCUGUGGGACGUUAAAAACCCGGGACGUUAAAAACCCGGCCGGACCAACACUCAGGGUCUUUAAAUAACUGAGGAGAAAGUGCUGCCUUUGUAAUAAUAUCUGCAAACGGCUAGACUUUCUAGUCUUCUCGGAUAAGGACGAUAAACCGUAGGCCCCGUCUCACAAGCCCUUACACAUGUAUUAAAUCUGUGGGACGUUAAAGAACCCACACACUCUUCGUUAAGAGUAGGGCACGUAGUGCCCGGUGUAGUGGCCUAUCUCACUUUCACACUCAUGUAUGGGGGCAUCAUUACUCAUUCCUUCACUAAUUGUAAACUGCACCUUAAGCAGUCUGGCAAAGUCCCCCAACCAGUGUUGUAAAUUAUCCCUGAAAAGCCCUGAGGGGAGUGGAUAAUAAGAUAUUUACAAUUUACAACUGCAAACACAGGGUAUAACUUGGUCUAGGAAACUAAAAGUUUUGUUCGAUUUUUGUUUGCUUAACUUCUUCUGAAUCAGUCACAUGAUCAGUGGAAAACAGCAAACUUUUUCCGGCAACGAAAUUUGGAAAAGAUAGGGAAGUUUGCCACUAAACUCGUAAAUGAGACCAAUCUGUUUUUUUAGUUUAGACUUUAUUUGACUCCUACUGAAGACUUAAUUACCUUAUUAUAUAAAUUACGAAUGAUAUUGGAAGAAUUUCAUUCUUGAUCUGUUUUGGUUAUCACGUUUUUCUUGCGCAGGAGUAUAAGACGACAUUCUCAAGCAUUCUACAACAGAACCGGGCUGUUUUCAAUGAACAACGCACCAUCUCACCUUAAAGUUCUUGAUUUUCUAUCAAAUUACAAAAAGCCACAGCCACCGGUCAAUCUUCGGCUUGCCAAGACACCUCAGACCACUGAUACAUGGAGACAGAAGCCAAUACAUCUGUCGCCUCCCUCCAGGGUUGAUGUAAGUUUUAUUGAUAAUGUGUAAGUGAAAACCAACCCGAGCCAUUCUCCCCCAAUUACGCCGCACUGUUUAACUAGCUUACGAAAUUCUCGUUACUUUCAAACAAUGUAUUUUUCUUAAGGUUUUUUGCAUGCAAAGUAAGCAAAACUUUAGUGGUUUUAACUGAACUAAAGAAAAGUUAAAGCAAGCAUGAAGUUUCUUGAGUAAUUUGUUGGCUAAUCUUCAGUUUCAUAGUGAUUGCUAGUCGGCAGUUUGAAUAAUACCAAUCAGUUACAGCUGCAUUUGAAUUUGUUUGUCGUUUCAGGUUGACUUGUAUUCCAAAAUGAUCGAACGUCCAAAAAUGACUGCAGAUAAUACACCCGAGAGAGUACAAGAGGUUACAUUAGAAGGAGAAAAGACAAACAACAGAAAUUACUUCUGUCGUGUAACAAUCCGUCGCCGACCAACAGAUCUUCAGUAUUUGGGUGAACUGUACCUUGAAGAAGACACCAGUAAUUCACAGGGAAACACUACUUCAACUGCUGAUACACAAGACUCCACAAGCCGAGCAGGAAAGGCUUGCCAGUUUUUUCUUGGAAGUAAACUUGCAGCGCAGAAGUAAGCCAGCGUUAUUUGUCAUUUGUUUAACUUUUAGUUGCUUUUCAAGAAACUUUGAUCCAUGUCGUCUUAUUCCUCUGGGUGCACAGUACCCUCAAAGUAGAAUUCUGAGGGUUCCCCAUGACAUUUCAGGGAAUGAAUGGAAGUACGCAUUGCAUUGGUAAAUCUGAGCUAAGAAGCACAACAUGGGACCCUUCAAUCACUGCCUUGGUUGAAAUUAGUCAACCAUAUUUUCUCGGAAUACAUCUCUCCUUGUAAUACAAUA